GGCAUCAUGGCGGUGAAGUCUCUAGUCUUGUUAGCCAUCGUCGCCUGUUGUGGAUUCGUCCACGCCCAGCAGGCGAGCGACUGCGCCAGCAUGUGCAAGAGCAUCGCACCUCCUGGAUUCCUGAUUCCAUCGCAGCCUCAGUCAAUUUUUGGUUUCGGGCGCGCCGGCCACGCUAAGAAGCACGGCGCAGCGCAGCGCUCCUCGGUGCACCAAGGAGCGGCCAGCCGCCAGAGCGGGACGUCCAGCACCGAAGCCUGCGACAACCUGUGCAAGAGCCUCGAGCAGGGUAUGGGCAAUGCACGGGAAUUCACUUGUCCAACCUUCUGCAAUGGUUUCAGCGGGUCUUCUGGGCGAUCUAAUCCCUCAGCACGAAGCAUUCAUAAGCAUGGUGUUACAGCCGGUAGCCGCUCGGCUCACGCCCUGAAGAAGCACCGCAGCGUACGUUCGGCGAUGCCGCUCCCACUCGCUGCCCAACAAUCCCGCCAGCAGCGACAAGAGAACGGCGCAACGGAAUUCUGCAACGCCGUGUGCCCUACGCUUACGGAGAUUUUUUUCCCGGGCUUUCUAAUACCAGGCGGAUCAGCAGGUGGAUCAGGAGGAACAAGUAGCUCAGGUGGUUCCUAUGGGUCUGGCGGCUCAUCUGACAGUUCAGGUGGGUCAGGUGCAACCACUGGUGGAGCAGAUGACUCUACUGGCUCUGCAAAUGGCCAAAGUGGCUCUACUGACGGAUCCACGGAAUCUUCAGGUUCUGGUGUGACUACUGGUGGUUCAAGCGGAUCUGCAGGCGGUUCUGGUGGAUCAGAAGACUCUACUGGCAGUUCUACUGGGUCCACUGAUGGUUCUAGUGCAUCUAAUGAUGGAACCUCCGGAUCUUCAACUUCUGGUGAGACUACAGAAGGUUCCGGCGGAUCGACAGGCGCCUCUGGUGGAUCAGGAGGCUCUACUGGCAGUUCUGCUGGGUAUACAGAUGGCUCUGGUGCAUCUAAUGAUGGGACGACCGGAUCUUCAAGUUCUGGCUCGACUACAGAGGGUUCAAGCGGCUCUACAGGUAGCUCCGGUGGAUCAGACGACUCUAGUGGUAGUACACAUGGUUCAGGUGGGUCUACAGGCAGCUCUGGUGGAUCAGAUGAUUCUACUGGCGGUUCUUCUGGGUCGACUGAUGGCUCUGGUGCUUCUAAUGAUGGAACGACCGGAUCUUCAAGUUCUGGCUCGACUACAGAGGGUUCAAGCGGAUCUACAGGUAGCUCUGGUGGAUCAGACGACUCUAGUGGUAGUACACAUGGUUCAGGUGGGUCUACAGGCAGCUCUGGUGGAUCACACGACUCUACUGGCGGUUCUUCUGAGUCGACAGAUGGCUCUGGUGCAUCUAAUGAUGGAACGACUGGAUCUUCAAGUUCUGGCUCGACUACAGAAGGUUCAAGUGGAUCUACAGGUAGCUCUGGUGGAUCAGACGACUCUAGUGGUAGCACACAAGGUUCAGGUGGGUCUACAGGCAGCUCUGGUGGAUCAGACGACUCUACUGGCGGUUCUACUGGGACAACAGCUGGAUCUACUGGUUCCAAUGGUGGAUCCACUGAAUCAUCAAGUUCUGGUGGGAGUACAGAUGGUUCAAGCGGAUCUACAGGCAGCUCCAGUGGAUCACAUGACUCUACUGGCAGCUCUAGUGGGUCUACAGAUGACUCUAGUUCAUCUGAUGAUGGAUCCAGCAGUUCUUCAAGUUCUGGUUUCACUACAGAGGGUUCAAGCGGCAGUUCUCAUGGGUCAGAUGACUCCACUACUAGUUCUAAUGAAUCUAGUGGUGACAUCACAGGAUCAUCAGGUUCUGAUUCAACUACAGAUGGUUCAGGUGGAACAACUGGUAGCUCUGAUGGAUUAGGUGUCUCCAGCAGUGGGCAAGGUGGAUCUGAUGAUGGAUCAGUCAGUUCCGGUGGUGGAGAGAAUUAUCCUGAUAUCGACAUCUGCCUGUUCGAGCCGAGGAAAAGUGCAGGUGAGCGCAUAGCAGCAUCGAAGUCAAGUUCGUCAGUAAAAUCUACAGCAACAAGACAUGGAGGAAAGGAAAGGAAGAGAAUAAAUGCGGCUGCCAGGUCUGGUCACAAACAUGGAUCGAAAACCUCAGCUUUCAGAGCACAUCGAAGACAACAUACAGCACAUGGUCACUAACUUUUCAGUUCAGUUAUUCCAUGUUUACCCAGUUACUGUAGCACAUUCUUAUUUCUAUUCUCAUUCCUGUUCUCACUACAAUCACAAAAAAAAUACAUAUUAGCUUGUUCACAAGCUAUGUUGGAUAAAAAUAAAUAUUAUUUUUCAACAUUUA